AUGGCGCCGCCAGACGCUGCGCCCGACGCUGCUGCCCGCACCCCCGACAACACGCACGCCGUCGACGAGCAGCACUCUGUCUCUCCGCGCCCAAGUCCGCCACCCGACGCUUGCGAGCCUGCAGACGCUGUGCCGAUUGCCAGUCAGGGCCCUGCUCAGGAAUUGGAUCAUGCAGCUCUCUCUGCGGGGCCCCCUGUGCACCCCUCACAGCAAGGCUUCCUGUCGACUCAUUACUCCUCAGACCUCCCAUACCACUCGCCAAGACCGGUGAGAUACCACACCGCAUACCUUCCGACAUCGAAUACUGCCUCCGCGGAGCCGACCCCUUCUCCGGGCAAUGACACAACAACAUCCCCUAACGCUCCGGCCGAUUGUGAGUCAGGCGGGGCGCAGGAUCCGCACCGAGCUUCGACAGCAACGCCAGAACGCCCAUCCCUGCGGCGAGACCAGCUCUCGACAGCUUCCACCAUGAGCAAUGCCACGAUCAGGGCUUACUCCACGGUCGAUGCCGUACCGACUUUGGCCACCCUGCCGAGCCCGCCCCGCCAGUAUCCCAAAUACCCUAACCAGGCGUACUCGGCGUUGCAGACCCAGAUCGAAUAUCCCAGAUUCCCAAAUCCCCCUCUUCAGGCCCAUCAGAAUCCGCCCCCCGGACCUCACGUCCUACGGACUCGGAGUUCCCACCCUUCACAGUAUUCCUCUCUUUCUUCUACGCAUGUCCCGUCUUUACAUCCCACCCAACACUUUGCACAUGAAACUACCGCGCACGAAGGCGGCUCUCGUACAGCUGGCAACUCACCCGCAGGAAGCCCAGGCCUUUUCGAUCCGAAUCACACCCCGAUCCGACCUGUGCUUGCCUCGACCGCGGAAUCUGGAUACUACUCAAGUCCUUAUCUUCAUUUCACCCAUCGUCAAGUCCCAAAGGAAACCCACGUUGCCGACGUCGACGUCGAUCCUAUCUCGGGGCGCAAGAUCAUCAACCAGUAUGAGAUUAUCGACGAGCUUGGGCGCGGUGUACACGGCAAAGUCAAGCUAGGGCGCAGUCUGGAAACGGGUCAAUAUGUUGCCAUCAAGAUCGUGGAGCGGUACUCUAAGAGGCGUCGGUUGGGCAAGAACACAAGCCACGAGGACAAGAUCAGGAGGGAGAUAGCCAUUCUCAAGAAGGCCCGCCAUCCUAACAUUGUCGGCUUGCUGGAAGUCAUCGACGAUCCGUCUCGAAAGAAGGUUUACAUCGUUCUCGAGCACGUGGAGAUGGGCGAAGUGCGGUGGAGGACGGAAGGUGCGAAGGAAAUUGUUCUCAUAGAACACAGGCGGUACGAGCGCGAGGUGAGAGGUAUUUUCGAUAACGAGUCGGCGGCUUUGGAAGAUCAGAGGAUUCUGCUGGAGGCACAGAGAAAGCGUGAACGAGAGGAACGACGACGGCUGAGGCGAGCACACCGCGCACAGAACGAUGAAAACGACGCCCAGACCUGGAGUUUCGAAUACGGCGGAGACACCGACGAUGAGGACACGAACAGUGACUUUUUGUCCCGAACCUCAACCGCAACCACCGAAGAUCCCAAUGGCAUCGGGCUCAAGUAUCGCAGUCGACCAGUGUCGCCGACAGAGUUCGACGCCGAUCAGACGCCCCACGCGCCUCUAAAUGAGACGGUUGCAGAGUUGGCAGCAUCCAAGCAGUCAAGCACUUCUCUGCCCGCCCUCGGCAGAGAACCCAUCGCGGAGGAACCACGUGCGGCAUCGGUCACAGGCCUCGAGGGGACGAUGUGGGGUCCGUACGAGGAGAUCCCAGCACGAGGCAGGAAUCCGAGCGUCUGCGGAAGUCUGCUUUCGAACAAGCCAGAUUUGCCUGGAGAUUUGCCGGUACCUGAACAUUUCCGUUACGUUCCACUCAUGACGCUCCCGGAUGCUCGCAAGGCAUUCCGUGACACGGUUUCGGGCCUUGAGUACCUCCAUUAUCAGGGGGUCAUUCACCGCGACAUUAAACCUGCUAAUCUUCUCCAAGCAAGAGAUGGCCACAUCAAAAUCUCCGAUUUCGGUGUCUCCUAUCUCGGACGCAGAAGCGCAACUGCUUCGGCAUCUGUCUACGGUACUGGUGAUGACCAGUCGGAAUCAGACGCCCAGGAUGUUGAUGAGGCAAUCGAGUUGGCAAAGACCGUCGGAACUCCCGCUUUCUACGCUCCUGAGCUGUGUCAAACCGACACAGAUUGCGAUCCGGACGCUCUACCAGUGACAGGACAGAUCGACGUUUGGGCUCUCGGUGUCACCUUGUACUGCCUAGUGUUCGGUCGCGUUCCUUUUCACGACCUGAACACAUUCGUGGUCAUGCGUUUGAUAGCAGAAGACGAGGUCUACAUUCCACGCUUCCGCCUAAGGGCCGUCGAUGACCGUACCGCUUCGCGUCCCAACUCGCAUAACCGCUUGUGGGGAGGCAUGGCCCGAGACAGACGAUCACAUCAUGAACUCAUUUACGAAGAGGUCGACGAUGAGCUCCACGAUCUUCUGUGCCGGUUAUUGAUCAAAGAUCCCAGGCGACGCAUUAAGCUUCCGGAAGUUCGACAUCAUCCAUGGGUCCUACGGGAUCUCGAGCAUCCGCUUCUCUGGCUCGAGCAGUCUGACCCUUCGCGAGUGCCAGACUACAAGAAGAUCGAGGUCUCGAGAGAGGAUGUGGACGAUGCCGUCGUUCAGCUCAAUCUGUUGGAGCGCGUCAAAUCCGGGAUGCGCAAAAUCGGCGGAGCUCUGGGUAUCGGCACAAAGCACUCUUCCAGCGCGUCUGCUUCCGGAAGACGUGGGAGAGCCAAGAAUGGGGAAGGAGGAAUUUCCGCUGCGUCUUCGAGCAGUACCAUCAGUCAGGAUGCGCGAAGGCCUAGUCUGAGGGUCGACGACAUCAGUGCCGCCCUACGAGCUUCCAGAGAAGGUGACCACCCGUUAUCGCACAGCGUCACCGCCAGCCCCGAGUUAAGAGAACGCACCCAGUUUUUCAUAGGUCCGCAAUCAAGGCCAGGUACUCCCGACAUUAGCGGCGUUGAUGAUGUUGACGAAUCUCCACGAGGGAAACUUCGAGACAAACACCAUCGUCUCAGUUUCGCUUCCCGAGCCGAAUCCACCAUGUCUACUGCCGGAUCAAUCAGGACCAUUCGCCCAUCGGACUUUGAAUAUCUCAACAGACGACGGGGUGUGUCGCCAACAAUGCCUCAAGGGGUCCCAAGCACUCCUCUUACCCUGGACACGCCUGGAGCAUCAAACCUGAGCGGAAUUUUCGGAGGAGUUCGCCGUAGUCUACGACAGGUGAGGAGCAAGGAACGUUGCAUGGAUGGCGCCAAGUCACACAGCCGCAACCCCUCGAUCGACCGUCUGGUGGCAGGAGACGACAAUGCACACGGUGAACCUAGCAUUGCAUUAAGCGAGACUGUUGCUGCUGGACAUGUGGACCAGCCGGCGCAACUGAAGGAAUUCUCAGCGGCAAGCAGUGCCGUGACCAGUCCAGGAUCGCCCAUGACACCAUCACUCACCGAGUCCGACAUUCACCGAAGCCGGGAUGGGACUCCCUCUCGCCAAUCAUCAAUCUCCUCAGCCUCAUCACAUCGUCCAACGAAACGCGAAGACGAUGUUCUCUACAGCUCGCCCGUCUUCAAUGAUUAUCUCACCGACAUCAAGUUUCAACGCGCCCAGGAUGAAAAUCGACGGAAACACAUGCUCGAGGAGCGCCUUUCUUCAAGCCGUCCAACCUCGUCCGCUGGGAACCGUCCCUCCAGUGCACUUGGUCCUCCGCCAUGCCCGCCUAGCCCCGAUGACGAGGCUUAUUUCGAGCUCCAAAGGCACACUCUCAUGCAGAACGACGUGACGCCAAAAGGAUUCCAACAGCCGCUCACAUCAAGCUCCUCGGAGGAUCAGUUCUAUUCGGGGAUGUCUCAAUCGACUUCCAACCCUUCUAUACCCUCGGUUGCGUCCGCAAACUCUUCAGUCAUGCAAGACGAUCUCGUUCCCGCGGAUCAGAAAGUCCAUUCUCUGGUCGUGACAACAACCGAGACUGCAAACCCAGUCAUUGCCGUGACGGAUGAGCACGACCAUGACCAUGACCAUGACGGAUACGAUGGCGAUCAUGCCAUAGAGAGCGACGAAGAAGAAGAUUCCGAUGAAGACUCCUCGGAUGACGAUUUGCUAGUGAUGAAUCUCCGCAAGAAGCCUCCACCAAAGCGACCAUCCCGAAGCGAGAGCAUUUCGUAUGCGGAACUGUCUCGUGGCAAAAUCCUGGCUGGUUUCGGGGAGUCGAUCAGGAAAUCCUCGCGGAGCGGCAGUAACGGCACGGUUAAGAAGGUUCGCAGUCAUAGCGAUUCCGAUGGGGAGGCUCUUCGGCACGACGCAGCUGAACUUUCGUCUUGA